CACCACGCCGCCCUCUGGCUCGCACGCAGCCCGACCAUGGACGCAGCACCUGCAGUUGCGCCCGCGGCACCGGCCAGCAGGCGCGCACGUGCCGUCGCAAAGGCGCCCAAGCAGGCAGCCGGAGCGGCGGAGGCACCGGCGCCGGCCGACGAUGCCACUGGCGCCGAGGCCGCCGCCGCCGCCAAGCGCAAGGAGAAGAAGAAGCGCCGCAAGAAGGACAAGAACGCCGCAGCCGCAGCGGCUGGUGCUGGAGGCGGAGGCAGCGAGGAGCCAAAGACGCGCCUCAAGGUCGUCGUGCGCCGCCUGCCGCCCAACGUGCCCGAGCACAUCUUCUGGCAGGCCGUGGCGCCGUGGGUGCGCGAUGCCGCAGACGUCGCGGCCGCUGCUGGGCCAUCGCAGCCGGCAGCCGAGGCGCCUGCGCCGCCGCAGACGGCCGACUGGAAGAGCUUCGUGCAGGGCAAGCUGAAGGACGCUUCACGGGCAGGCACGUCCAACGACCCAAAGGAGAUCGCUCACCGGCACUCGCGCGCCUAUGUGCGCUUCUGCACCGUCGAGGCGCUGCUCGACUUCCACCGCAACUUCGACGGCCAUGUCUUCCGCGACUCGAAGGGCGCCGAGUACACUGCUGUGGUGGAGUUUGCACCGCAUCAGAAGGUGCCGUCUGACAGCUCGCGCCGCAAGAAGCCCGAUGCGCGCCAGGGCACGAUCCUUGACGAUUCGGACUACAAGGAGUUCGUCGCCUCGCUGGAAGCGAAGCCUGGCGAUGGAGACAAGGAGAAUGAGACCGGACAGUCGCAGGCGGAGAAGACAGACGCCCAGCUCAUGGCGCACCUGGCGUCGCAGUCCGCCGAGCUAUCCGCCUCUUCGGCACGCGCCAAGCACACGCCUUUGCUCGAACAUCUACGUGCACAACGCACCGCUCGUGCCGAGGCGUCAGCUCUAGCUGCGGCGCGCAAGUACCUCGGACACAAGAAUCAGGCCUACCAAGCCGCGAGCGAGAAGGACGUCAAGGGCAAGGGCAAGAAGCCAGCCAAGGACCCCGCUGCGGCGCCCGCGAAGAAGGCCAAGAAGGGUGCAGCACCGCAGGACGGAGCAGGCGCCGCUGCGCCGCCCGCCGCUCCUGCUGCCGGCGAGAAGAAGAAGAAGGGCAAGCCGGACGUAGCGAAUCGCGCAUUCGGCGCAGCGAUUGGUGCUGCUCUCGGUGCCGAGAAGCCUGCGCGAGGCAAGGGCAAGGCAGCCGCAGGCGAUGCUGGUGCUGCUACGCCUUCUGCAGAUGGGCCUGCAGGCCCGGAAGCACCAGCAGGCAAACCCAAGAAGCCUCGCGGAGCACCGAGCAAUCGCGGCGGCGGCGGCAACGCGACACCCGCAGCUGCACCUAGUGCACCACUCGCCAUCCUCAGGCGGGACGAGGCACCGGGAGCCGAACCGGGAGGUGCAGCAGCCCAGGCUGCGGCUGCACCACCGCAACAGCAGCCGCCGACUGGUCCGCGCGCCGAUGGAGAGGCCGGCCGAGGCGCACGCGGUGGGCGCGGGGGUCGCGGCGGCGGACGUGGACGAGGACGGGGAGCGCCACGAGGAGGCGCACCGGCUGCCGCUCGGCCCACCGAUGCGUGACACAGCUUGCGAAUU